UUCUAAUCUUUCUCUUCCCUGCCACUCCCGUCCGUUCGUCUUGCUGCUGUCUCCGAUUCUACUUCCCAAGUCCGCUGGAUGGCUUGUGUUGCGAUUCUGUGAUCUUCAGCUGGAGUCGGUUGGGUGUUUUGUUUACUGCCUCGGGUCCCUCUGCAGGGACUCCUGGCUUGCACUGGCCCCGAUCCCGCGUGUCUUUGCUGGUUUCAUGCCCAAAUACUAAUUAAACCCCAACGUGUGCCGGUCCUUCUUUUAUCGUCUCCAACUGCCCUCGUUUGAAAUCACUCACCCUCGCCGUAUACCACUUCUCCCGUGCUACUCCCGGGUUGAUCGUGCCGCUUGGCUUACUCCUAUUCCCAUUCAAACUCAAUUCGGACUCCGGGUUCGACGUUCAUUCCCCUUUUCGGCCCCUCAAUUCGGUGCGACACCAAGAACGCAGCGCGAUAAUAACACAGUCAUAGCAUUGGCUCUACACUCAUUCAGCCAUGGCGUCGCCUUCGCUUUCGGAGCUGGAGCAGCGCAACCGCCUCCCCACCUUAUUUGAAGUUCUUAGCCGGCGGACCCUCGCACCCGUCGAUCUCUUUUCCUUCUACAUUUAUAUGCGGGACCAGCAGCGAUCGGUAGAUUAUCUUGAUUUCUGGCUGGACGUUUCGCAGCACAUGUCCCUCUGCCGUCACUACGUUCGUGAGCUACGCCGGUCUGUUCUUGUCGCGACACCUGAUCUGGAAAAAGCCGACAGCAUAGGCUCUUCUGCCGCCCUCGACAAUAUCGAGCAUCUGAAUGAUAUCCCACUAGUCGAAGCGGGACCCUCAGGUUCGCGCCAUGCCCUCUAUGAUCUGGAAGACCGCGAUGCGAAUCAACGACUGUCGGCAUUUCUUCGUUCGGACGGUCAUACAUCAGGACACUCCCCACAGAGCAGCCUAGGGUCGCAGAAUGUCGCCCACAUGGCAUCGAACGAGCAACUCCCGCAGGAUAGCUCCGGGACUCGAAACGACUCGCCGUCGCCAGGACACACUGUGGCACGUGCAGACAUCCGCGCAAGCGCAGAGAAGAUUCUGUAUACAUACCUGCUGCCCGGGGCGGAGAGAGAAAUUGUUCUGCCGGAGGAGAUGGUCACUACAAUUAUCCAUCAUAUCGAAGACAACGGCCGAGAUGACCCCGAAGUUUUCGACCCGGCCAAGGACUAUGUUUUUCAAGCGAUGGAACGCGAUGCAUUCCCCGGUUUUCUGCAGGCAAAGGCGCUGGGCAACCUAGUACCCUUGACGAUCAUUGCCCGUCUGGCAUUUGCUUUAAUUAGCUUUGGUGGAGGAUUCUGGGGUGCCUUUUAUGUCGUUCUUCGCAACAAGCCUCGAUAUAUACGGUGUUGGUUGAUACUGCCUUUUGCCGUUGCAUCCUACUUCCUCGUUUCGUACCAGUACAAACUCGACCCAGUCAUGGCCUUCCUCGGCUACAGCGAAUACACAUUUAUGAAUUGGUCACCUAUCCGUGAACCAUACGUGCGGAAGCUCCUGAAUAAACGCGCCACGGCAACUGCUUUGAUUGCCUUUUUCGUGGCCACCGCGCUGAGUAUUCUGUUCAUCUUCGUACCCGGCACCAUGCUCUAGAUGAUGCGAUCCCUUUCUUUGUGCCAAACCUGGCUUUUGACCUCGACAUAAUGCAGCGCCAUCUCCUGACCAUAUAUCCCUUUCGUGUUAUUAUUUUUAUCUUCGAUUCUAGUACUUUCCUCUAUGGCGGAUCACAGAUCGCCAUCGAUCGGCCGUCUAAUUUAGAAUAAUCUGGAUAUUGUGAAUCUUGGC